CGGUUCUGUGACAGUUGCUCCGGUGCCUGGAAACAGGGUCAGAGUGAGACCUCCUCCUAUCGGUUCUGUGACAGUUGCUCUGGUGCUUCAAACCGCGUCAGAGUGAGACCUCCUGCCAACGGUUUUCAACUCUCUGUGAGAACGGAAGACAUUUUGAGUUGCUGCGGUCUCUCCGUUUCGUUAUUCGUGUGUCAGCCUAAAGUCAGGGCUGACGUGCUGGAGAUUCUCCAGACUUGAGAGCCAUAAGUUCGUGAAAAAAAAAGGACGAGAUUCAACAAAAAACUGUUGUAGUUUAACCGGCGUAUGUGUAUAUCACAGCUAUCUUAGCUUAGCUACUGAAACUACAAAAGCUAGCAGAGUCCUAGAUGCUAGUUAGUUAGCAUCACCUAGCUGGCCUGCCCUCCUCCUCCACCUCGACAGCCGGUCCCUUCACGCAGACACAAUGGCUUUAAAACGAAUUACCAAGGAGCUAACCGAUCUGUCCCGAGAUCCUCCCGCUCAGUGCUCCGCUGGGCCCGUCGGGGAAGACAUGUUUCAUUGGCAAGCUACUAUUAUGGGUCCUCCCGACAGUCCCUAUCAAGGCGGUGUAUUUUUCCUGACUAUUCAUUUCCCUACAGAUUAUCCCUUCAAACCACCCAAGGUCGCCUUCACAACAAGAAUUUAUCACCCAAAUAUUAACAGUAACGGCAGCAUCUGCUUGGAUAUUUUGAGAUCACAGUGGUCUCCUGCAUUAACUAUCUCUAAAGUCCUUUUGUCCAUUUGUUCUCUGUUAUGUGACCCGAACCCUGAUGACCCUCUAGUGCCAGAGAUCGCCCGCAUCUACAAAACAGAUCCUGUUAAGUACAACAAGACUGCUCAGGACUGGACUCAGAAAUACGCCAUGUGACCCUUCUUCUUCUUCUUAUUCUUCUUCUUCUUCGUCUUCUUCUCACCGCUGGAAAAAAAAAUUGAUUUUCUCAUGUGGCCACGCCCCUUUGCCCCCCUCCCUCCCUCCCUCCCGCUCAUCAGCCAAUAACAGCAAUUUGUUCAUAAUUUCUAUUGGGUUUUUUUUUUCCUCCUAAAUGCUUUCAAAUUCUUGAUUUCCUCUGCUUUUCAAAAUAAAACUUAAGAAAGUGAAGUAAGGACCGAGGACUCUGAGCUGUGAAUGUGCCAACUGUCGAAAAAACUAAAAACAGAAACCCACAAAGCAGAGUGGACCGACGAGAGAACUGUUACGAUAAAUACCAAUAAUAAUUUAAUGCAUGUCAGCGAUGGGUUCACGUGCUGCUGAGAAAGACCUUUAUUUUGGGGUUUUCCUGAGUUUGUUGUUGCUGUUUGUAGACGAGAGAGCCGUUAGUUCAUCCAUCAUCCAACACUGUCCUCCUGGUUUUUGCACUGAAGAUGAAACUCAAAGCUCUCAACGGCUGAUUGAUCAACUAAUAGCUCUGUGAUGGGUUUUUAUCAAUAAAGAUCAACAAAUUGCAGAUUU